AUGGUCGAUCACGGCAUCCGAAAGCGCAAUGUCACGACUCGCGAUCGCACCGGCUGCUGUACAAGAUUCAACCUUCAAUGUGGUGGCUACGCAACACCCAUCAAGUUCAAAGACCAGACGGAUCUGCUGAAGCGGAAGCAUGGGAGAAAACGCAAGGAUAAAGCCCAAACGUCAGCUCCCAGUGAGCCAUCAUCUUUCUCGCAUGCCCCGAAAAGUGUAGAUCCGACAUUGCCGUCGCAUCAACAAGUGGGUGACUUCGUUGUGACUCCAGAAGAUGAGACUUUUCACUCUACCGACGAAAGUCAUCAAACCUUCAACGACUCACAAGAGUUAUCCCACUAUGAGGCGGCUACGUCACUAGCCCUCAUAUCUGGAGGGAUUCGCCAAGAUUCACUGGUGUCUAGCACUGGACAUGAAGCAGGAACGCCCUCAUUCUACACAUAUUUUGGAGACACGACUGUGCAAAUCGAUGCGGCUCUUGGUGGACAAGAAGAUGGCAAUACGGAUGAGGGGCCCAACACAACUUACCAGGGAGUGACGACUUCCAGCUCAACGCCGGUAUACCCGCGUAUUGACUCUCCCUUGCUGCGACAAACACGAUCAGAACAAGCAAAUCGGCAGUUGACUUCGGCUCCAACCAUUCCAGCCGGCUUGUUGGAGAGCGCCAAGUUUGCCGAAGACAUGGUUUUUUACCAUCAUUUCACAGAUGCUUCGCCCUAUGGUACCCUCUCAAUCUUGUCGCUCAAUGAUAUUCUGCACGCCGAGCAACUCGACAAGGCUUUCUAUCAUGCUGCGUUGGCCCUAGCGGCACUAGAUAUCUCGCAAGCAAGGCCGAAGGAGGCGCUGGGCUGUAAGGCGGCACUGCAGGCGCUUGAUCACUUCGUCACAGCUCUAGGCACGGUACGUAUGGCGCAACUCGACGACGAGGGGGUCGCUACAGGUGGUCCGCCAAACCAAGAUAAUGCAAUCUCUUGGCUGGCGACCCUCUUGCUGCUGGCCAACUUUGAACUACAAAGAGGCCAGAUGAAGCUAUGGUACAUUCAUAGCCGGGCUGCGGUGACAUUUCUGUCCCAACAUCUCCAUCGCGUGCAGGAGUCUCCGGUAGGAGAGUCACUGAUCCGAUCGUUCUCGAGAAUUGCCGCUCUUCUAGACAUAUUCGACAGAGCUUACUCUGUACGCUACAGCAUAGCAUCUCCGGACGUCUCGAACUCUCUGAGCAGAUCACUAGUCAACUCACCGCACUCGGCAGAUCGGCUGUUCUACAUUCUGCCGCGGAUCAUCAAACUCGAAGAAGAGUGGAAGAGUAACCCCCAGCAUGAUCUCCACUGGCGAGAGCAAGCGGAAGGCCUCAUCCAGGAGUUGAAAGCUUGGCGCAGGACUUUGCCGGAUUGUGACGUGCCGCCUCUCCAUGAGCACACCGCAAACCCCUAUGGCGACGAAGCAGAAGGACCCGGUCUCUCCAUCAGGCCACUCAGCAUCCCGUAUGCCCCCGAGCCCGUCAAGGCAGCGACAACCUUUAUGCACUACCUGGUAUCCCUCCUGCGAUUAGAAACCAGAUACCUCCCCGGCGCAGUGCGCCAGCUGCCCCCCCACGCACAAAAGAUUGUCCUCCUCGUCUGCCGCCUCGCGGCGGGGGUCCCCUACGCCUCGUGCGCGGCAGUCAACGCCUACUCCCACGGCAUGGUGGCGGCGAUGAUGAACUGCUACUACAUGUCGGAGGAGCGAGAGGUCAAGGACUGGGUCAAGAACUGGAUCGCCGGGUUCCCGCGUGAGAGGGAGGGGAUCUGGAACGUGCGUCACGCGCACCGGGUGUUGAACUACGUCGACCAGGAGUACACCCGUCGGGGCUCGCGCUACAAUUGGGAGAUUAUCAAGGUGCGCUUGAUCGACCUGGAGACGGACGCUACGCCGAGCGAGGACGAGGAGACGGACCCUGACAAGUUUUCGGUCGAGAUAUACUCGCGAUGUAAGCGGGGCUGGAGCAUCGACUUUGUAGAAAUACCAUGA